AUGUUGGUUUCAAGCAAAGGUUGUAAGGAAUCUGAGAUGGGGGAUGAGAAUAUUUCUGACAAGCCUAUGGAUGAGAAUGUUUCAUUGGAUCUGACUUGUGGUAAGGAAGAGAUUGUGGAAGAGCUUAGGUAUUGUUUGCCCAAAUGGGUUACACAAGAACAAGUGACUGAUAUGAUUAAAGGGACAUGGAAGGAUACAGUUGAAAUAGUUGAUAAUUUCUACGAACACGAGACUAAAUUCUACGAGCAAAUCUCUGCUGUUAUAUCUUUCGCUUGUAGAGAUGGGAUUAGUUCGGUGGGUACCGAAGAAGGGCUUGUUUCGAAACUGGAGAAUAUGCACUGUGACACCGAGCGGAAUGAAAGUUGUCGAUCAUUGCAGUUUCACAAGCUCAAGAGCCUGAGUAGUUCCCAGAAGAGCAGCGUUUCUCCUGUGAAAAAGAAUAGAAAGAUCAACAAAGGUAAACCAAAGAAGAAAGGAAAAGCUUGUUCUAAGCUAGAUUCCGCAGGCCCAAAGCAAGCUACAAUAACUAAGUUCUUCAACAAAGUUCCUUAG